AUGUAUUUCUCCAAGAGUUUCAUCGCAUCUGCCCUUCUAGGACUUGCAGCCUCCACUACGCACAUGGGAGAAGCAGCUUCAGGAGGAUUGGCAACCUCUUCAACCUCAGCUGGCGCAGCUGGUACAGCUAUUGCGGCGUCGGAGACACUCGCAUCUAGCCAGGCUGAAUCAACAGCAUCCGCAGCUUCCAGCGGCACCGCAUCGGCGGCAGCAACAGGCGGCGCAUCGGCAGGAGACAUCGCCACUCAUGUCAUCCAAGUCGGAGGAACGAAUGGAUCAUUGACCUUCUCGCCUGAGAACGUGAAGGCGGCAGUUGGUGAUCUUGUACAGUUCCAGUUCCACCCCAAGAACCACUCCGUAGUCCAGUCCACGUUCGACCAGCCCUGCACACCGAUCCAAAACGUAAUGCCUAACAUGACGACCGCCUUCUUCUCUGGUUUCAUGCCAACCAACGCUUCCGUCGGUGCGACUUCCCAGGUUCUCACUUACACAAUCCGUGUCAUGGACACCAAGCCCGUAUGGUUCUACUGCUCGCAAGCAAAGCACUGCCAAAGUGGAAUGGUUGGCGCUAUCAACGCUGCUGAGACCGGGAACAAGACCAUGACCGCGUUUAAGGCCCUCGCUGCCGGCGCAACUGAGAACCUCAGCCCCGGACAAGCUCCUGGCUCUGGAACCCAAGCAGGUGCUGGAACUGGCACUAACACCGGCGGCAACACUGCUCAGUCCUCGGCUGCUGCGGACGGUGCCAACGGUGCCGGCGGCGCAGGCACGGGAGCUUCCAGCACCGAUUCCAGCGCACCGGCUCAGCAAACCACCAACGCUGCAUCCAACACAUUCGGCUCACAAUCACUCUUCGGUCUCACCUUGGGAGCUGUUGCAGCUGUCCUGCUAUUGUAA